AUGAAGCUAGUUUGGUCCCCAGAAACAGCCUCAAAAGCUUAUAUUGACACUGUAAAAUCAUGUAAAACUUUUAGCGAAUCGAGCAUAGCCGAACUUGUAUCAGCCAUGGCAGCAGGAUGGAACGCGAGGCUAAUAGUCGAAACAUGGUGUCAAGGUGGGGACAUAGCCACGAGCAUUGGCCUCGCCUUUGCGAGUCAUCAUACGGGUGGAAGGCAUAUUUGCAUAGUCCCGGAUGAAGCAUCAAGAUCAGAUUACAAUAAAGCCGUACAAAAAUCCGGUUUGUCUGUCCAAGUUAUUGUUGGGGGGCCGGACGAGGCCAUGGAAGGUUUAGAUGGGAUUGAUUUCCUCGUGGUGGAUUGCAAGCAAGACGAGUAUGCAAGAAUACUUCAGUUGGCUAAGUUAGGCCAAAGGGGUGCCGUUUUGGUGUGCAAGAACACGGGUUCGCAUGAUGCCUCGGGGUUCGUGUGGCAAAGUUUCAUUGAUGGGAAAUCAAGAAUUGUGAGAUCAGUGUUUUUGCCCGUGGAGAAGGGGCUAGAUAUUGCUCAUGUGGGGGCAAAAACAGGAAAUGGAAAGGGGGACAAGAGAAAAUGGAUCAAACACAUUGAUACACAAUCUGGAGAAGAAUUUAUCAUCAGGAAGUGA